GAUUGCAGCCGUGCCUGGGCGGGCGGGGGUCGCCCCGUGGGGUGGGCGGCUCCGGGCCCCCGGCCGGGAGCUUGCGGGGCCCGUCGUGUCCCGGUGCUGAGGGCGGCCUCUCCGGGCCAUCAGUGCUACCGGGAACGGGGCAGGCGCUCUGUGCCCCUAAAAAGGGCUUAAAAGCGGGCGCAGCCAAGUAGCAGCUUUUCCGCAAAGGCAGCGGCAGGGAGCGGUUUCCUUUGCCACCUGCAUCUAGAGGCCUCCCAGAAUUCUGUUUAACAGCAAUCAUUAACUGAAAUCAUGGCAAAUGCUAGUAGUGAGGUGCAGCAUCCUGUAGAUCCUGGAAUUUCAAAGCUGCAGUUUGUUCCCUUCAGUAGUGCCUUGGAUGCAGGAUUCUGGCACGAACUAACCCAGAAGAAACUCAAUGAGUACCAGUUGGAUGAGACCCCGAAAGUUAUCAAAGGAUACUACUACAAUGGUGAUCCUUUGGGUUUGCCAGCUCGCUUGACAUUGGAGUUUAGUGCCUUUGAUAUGAAUGCUUCAGUACCAGCGCGAUGCUGUCCUGUUUUUGGAACAUUGUAUAAUACCAACACUUUAGAGACUUUCAGAUCUUGUGAUAAGAGGUCACUUCUGGAAAAAGAAGCAAAUGAGAUAUGGGAAUCAAUAAAAUCUGGAGCUGCUCUUGAAAACCCUAUGCUCUUGAACAGGUUUCUGCUGCUGACAUUCGCAGAUUUAAAAAAAUACCAUUUCUAUUACUGGUUUUGCUACCCUGCUCUCUGUUUCCCUGAUGGAAUACAUAUAAUUCAGAAACCAGUGUGUCUUGGUGACAGAUUCCCAUCACAUCAGAUUCAGGCGCUUCAGAAAGCAUAUGAUGAACUUUGCCAGAAAGAGGGGGUUACAGCCUUGCCUUAUUUUUUAAUCAAGUAUCAUGACAAUUCUGUUGUGAUAUCUCUACUGAAAAAGUGGGAUGAUUUCUUCCAAGACCAAGAGGGAAAGGUGACAGUUGGAGUUUAUGAUCCAUGUAAUUUAUCCCACAAUCCAGGAUGGCCACUGAGAAAUUUCCUGAUCCUGGCAGCCCACAAAUGGGGCAGCAUCCUCCAGUCAGUUGAAGUGCUCUGCUUCAGAGAUAGGACCAUGCAAGGGGUGAGAGACAUAACACACAGCAUUAUCUUUGAAAUAAAACUUCCACAGAGAACCCUUGGCCCAGGUUGUCCCAAAGCUGUUGGAUGGGAGAAAAACCCAAAGGGAGCCAUAGGUCCAAGGAUGGUGAAUCUCAGUGAAUGCAUGGAUCCAAAAAGGUUAGCAGAGUCAUCAGUGGAUCUUAAUUUGAAAUUGAUGUGCUGGCGGUUGGUGCCUACUCUUGAUUUGGAAAAAAUUGUGUCUGCCAAGUGUCUGCUUCUAGGAGCUGGUACACUGGGUUGUAGUGUUGCAAGGACCUUGAUGGGUUGGGGGGUCAGGAAGAUUACAUUUGUGGACAAUGCGAAGAUCUCCUACUCCAACCCAGUACGACAGCCACUGUAUGAGUUUGAAGAUUGUCUCAGCGGUGGGAAGCCUAAGGCACUUGCAGCAGCAGACAGGCUACAGAAAAUCUUCCCAGGAGUGAGCUCAGAAGGCUAUAACAUGAGCAUCCCUAUGCCAGGCCACCCCGUGAAUUUUUCUGAAGUAACAAUGGCACAGGCUCAGAAGGAUGUGGCUAAACUUGAAGAGCUUAUUGAUGCUCAUGAUGUUGUUUUCCUACUAAUGGACACUAGAGAGAGUCGAUGGCUUCCUACUGUCAUUGCAGCCAGCAAGAGGAAGUUGGUCAUCAAUGCUGCAUUGGGAUUUGACACAUUUGUUGUUAUGAGACAUGGACUAAAGAAACCAAAACAGCAAGAAUCUGAUGAUUCAUGUUUCAACAAUGCCUCUGGUUCUUCUGAUCUGUUGGGAUCCUCACUCUUUUCAAACAUCCCCGGCUAUAAACUGGGUUGCUACUUCUGCAAUGAUGUUGUGGCACCAGGGGAUUCCACCAGGGAUCGGACAUUGGAUCAGCAGUGCACAGUCAGUCGACCUGGAUUAGCUAUGGUAGCUGGAGCACUUGCAGUGGAAUUAAUGGUUUCUGUCUUACAGCAUCCAGAAGGUGGUUAUGCUGUGGCUAGCAGUAGUGAUGAUAGAAUGAAUGAGCCACCUACUUCUCUUGGACUUGUUCCUCAUCAGAUCCGUGGAUUUUUAUCAAGAUUUGACAACGUUCUUCCAGUCAGCCUGGCAUUUCAUAAGUGCACAGCCUGUUCAACCAAAGUCCUUGACCAGUAUGAACAUGAAGGAUUUGAUUUCCUAGUUAAAGUUUUUAAUUCUUCACAUUCCUUCUUAGAAGACUUGACAGGUCUAACAUUAUUACACCAGGAGACACAGGCUGCUGAGGAGGGUCAUGUGUGAUUGUUUGAAAGACAGAAGUAAGGACCUGAAGGGCAGUGGCAGCUGGAUCUGGGACAUGAGUGAUGAUGAAACAGUUUGAGACCGGCGGGAUAAGGUGGAAGAUGACCUGCUUUGGACGGCAGCACUGCCUUUGAUCCCUUCCUUGACAAGUUAAUGAUUGCUUACCCGUGCUGACUGCUACAAAUACAAACAAAUAUAAUCCACAGUUUGACACUAAUACCUUCACAUUAAAAGCAGUAUGUUAUGGAUAUAACUCUCCACAUGUUCAUUUUUAUUAUGUAAAUAACUAAAGCAAUGUGGUUAUGUUUAAACCUUUUUUUUUUUUUUUUUUUUUUUUUUUUUAGUUUCUGAAUAUGGCUUACAUGUAAAAUACGCUGCCUAAGUAAGCUGUGGUGUUUUAUUCGCCCCAGUUUUUAUUUUGCUUGUCCAUGGACGUGUCCAAGCAGCAUGUCUAAAUGUCUUUUUUCAUCUUUCCCAGAUUUGUGCCCCUUUAGUUGGAAUUUAUUGUUAAGAUGGAGAACAUUCUGCUAUCAGGAAUUAAAUCCUUAAAAGAAAGCAGGAGUAGGUAAGAACCUACACCUACUGCCUACACCACGUUGCUUGCUGUUUCUAGGUACAUGUUUAUAGUACAACUGAUAGUUCUUGCCUGUGUCAAUGGAGGUGUUAUUCUCUGUAAAGGUCUCAUAAUUUCAUGCUAUGGGAAAAAAUGUGGUUUGACUUAUUUUUACACAGGAAAGACCAAAAUGCAUUGGUAUCAUGAUUAGGAGCCCCUGAAGUUCAGAGCAGGCUGUUACAUAGUAAAAAUUGCUUUGUGGGGGUAGGUCAUUGAUAAAGUCAAACCUUGUCGAGAAAUGCUUAACUGAAAUGAGAAAUCGGUUCUCUAGCUCCGCUAUUCUUGGAUGCUCUCACCCAGUACUUUACAGGUGUUUUAAAAAAAAAAAAAAAAGAGCAAUUAGGGUUUUCAUUUUGGUUGGGUUUUAAGUUUUUCAAUUUUUGCAGCAUCAGGAAUGGCUUCAGAGAUUAUAGCUGAGCACAAACAGUAGUUAGGAAAUCCUUGAGUUGAAAAGAUAACUUGAGAAAAAAGGACUUGUAAAAGGUCAAAGUACAUUACUUUAAAGUUGAAAGUGAAUAUUGUUUUUUAUCUUGGCAUAGGUUUUAGAAGUCUAUUUGCAAUCCCUUUUAGAGCUGUAUAUUGUGGGGAUUAUGGACUAACUCACUCAGAAAACAUGCAAAUCACUUUAUCUGUCAAGCAGUCUUUAUUUCCUGUAAGUAUUACGAAAAUUAGUGGGUCAAUCCAAUUAUUUUAGUUUCUUCCUUAACAUAAGCCCUGAAUAUUCGGUGCAGAUAAUUUCCCAGCUUUUCUUAUGCCACAUCAGAAGUUUUGUCAGGUCAAAUUUCCCUAAAAACUUAAGAUACCUGCAACUCCCAUGUUCCAGUCAUAAAGGAGCUUUAUGGAGAGAUGCUGAGGUUUGCGUCAAGUGUCUAAAAUAGCUAUUGUUUCUAUUUAUUUUAACUAUGAUAUUCGUUAUAUUUAUGUGAUUUCUUAAGUAGCCUUAAGGGAAUGUCUUGUUUAGCUAACUUCAUUGUAAUAUAAAAAUAUAUAUGAAUGAAAUGUAUAUUUUUGGAAGACUAGUAAUAGCAGGAAACUGCUCUUUUGGUGGUCGGGCAGUGAACAAUAAGAUCGAUAACGUGCCAUGUCCAUUUUAAAGCAGUUUGUUGAUGUACAUAAUUAGUUAUGAGCUCAAAUGACUUCCAUUUUGUUAGCCUUGAAUGAGUACGAGGGCGGUUUAAAGGGAGCAAUCGACAUUUUUAUCCUUUGGAGUUGCUAACCAUAGAGAGUGAAAGUCUCUUUUGCAUUUUUUUGGUUAUCUAAAACUUGAAAACUAGAAAUCUUUCUGAAAUCUGGUAAAUUGUUUUAAAUAUCUAAAAGUAUCCUGUUAAAGUCACAUUGUAGCUUUGCAUUGGCGGUAUCUAACUGCAGACGUGUACAAGAUCGAAAGGUUCAAAACUCAGGGUUAAUACAACGUUUCCUUACCUCUGUAAUUUCAGUAACGUACAGCUCUCUCAGGCUGAGCUGUUUCCUGUACAUAUGCUUCCCAGAUGUCUCUGAUGUUCAGAAACACUUCAGUUUGACUUGGAAUAACUUCCGUUGUCUAACUAUAAUGUUGUUUUCUUUCUCCUUGCGGACAAGCGUUGUUCUUGUUUUGCUUUUACUCAAUUUCUUGGCAUUUCACUGAGAGAGAAAUCCUGAGAAGCCAUUCAAAUGAAUGAAUGAGUGCACGUUCAAAUACUAUUAGCAGAUAAGCACAUUUAUUUACGGGCUUGUGUGCACUUCAUGGCAGGAUUUCAGCACAGUCCUCAGCUCCAGUUAUUGCCGUUUAAUGGAAGAAGCUAAACUUUACCUUGCUUCAUGAAGGAGGUAGCAUUUAAAUUUUAUUUGUGCUGCCAUGACCUCCUAGGCAUCAGUGAAGAGCCCAAACUCAUACUUCUGAUGCAGAACCCAACAGCUACCAUGGCUUUUCAGGUAAACCACAUCUGUUGGGAAGAGGGAGCGAACAGCCUCAGAGAAACCUGCUCCUCUUGCCAGAAAUGCAGUAGCCUUCUGUGGGAGUGGGGGCGUGGGACUGUAUCUCACAGAAGGCAACCGUGACACCUUCGCAUCACAUCUGGGGACAUUUAAUAAAGACCACAGAUCUCAACGGAGAGCUGCUGACAUCCUUUUUGUGCUUGAGUAUUAUAGAAACUCAUGGAUUGGGAGCCUCUCUUUUCCUUUCACACUUCUGCUGACUAGAAUUUUUCUUCAGUGUCAUCCCUUCAGUGUGUUUGCCGGCUGAAUUCUAGAAUGUGUUAUGGAGUGGUACCACAUUCAUGGAAGGGAGGUACUUGAGAUUCUGUAUGAAAGUUUUCUUCUUUAAAACACCCCCUUGCUUUUAUCCUUGCUUUCACAGUCUGCUGUUAAGUCCUCUUCACCUGUGUCAUAGUCUGUUGAUUAGGAAUAAAUUUUGCCUAGGACAUGCCCUUUACACGGUGUGUAAUUAAUUGUCUCAGCACCGUUACAGGCAGCAGAGUCACGGCCAGUAGGUGGUUCAGCUCACAUGAGAAUCUGUUCUGUGAAACAUGGGGCUAAUUUGAGUCUUCAGACUUCAACAUAGGGCUCUGUAAGGGAGAAAGGGCACAAAUUUGAAAAUUACACUUAGAUCCAUGAAGAAAGACUCACGAUGGCCCAAGCAGGUUGGUCGAGAAAAUCACCAAGGAAUGCAACCGUAGGAUGUACAUUCCUAGGAAGCUGAUGACUCUCAAGAACUACAGAGAGAUUCUGCUUCAGUAGAAAUCAGCACAAGUUACUUUGCCACUUCAAAGAAAACUGUAGAGUUUGCUCCAGCCCUUAACAUUGUAGAGCUUGAGCCUGGAAAACUUCUUCUCCCUUCCCUGUGUUCUGUCUGGCUUUGGUAUUGUGUCCUCAGAGAAGUCCAGUGACAAGAACUAAAAUUUCAUUUUUGUUGUCUUUGAUACUCUUAUUCCACUUCCUGUGAAAUGUUCUUUCUAAUUCUGUUUCUUUGUAUAAGAUUUGGCUGCUCACCUUAAAUAUAUUCAACAGAACUAUUAGCAAAAUUGAAUAAUUUCCCCAUACUUUUCUUUUUUCUUUUAACUUCUCACUUGUGCUCUCAUGGAAAACUCUUACUGAAUUGGGUUUUAUGUAUUUCUGAACUUUUCGCUAGGCACUGUAGAGUCACGUCACAGCACUUGUUUUUCCGUCUUACUGAACGAAUUCCUUCUGAAUGUACAUUAACUAGUCCAAAUGGAAUUGCUAAUAGAAUCAUAGAAUCACUGCGGUUGGAACAGACCCUUAAGAUCAUCGAGUCCAACUGUAGACCUAACACUGCCAAGUCCACCACUAGCUACUCCAUCGUUGCACUCCUCUGGAAUAGCGCUGGGCCACGAACAGCUCACCCAGCUCCCAACUUUCCGCGGAGUUUUCCUCCUCUUUUCCUAGCCAAAUCGUAGACCCAGUGAGAGUGCCGGGAUGUGACUGAGAACAGACUUUGGCAUGCAGGGCUCUCAUUAGUGCCAUAAUGUGGGAACAGGUCACUAACCUGAUACCAGCGUUUGGGCUGUUGAUCAACAAACUCUGCCUGUUUCCUACAGCAUCAUUAAGAGCUGUGACGGAAUCCAUGUGGGUAUUUUUAUGUAGCUUCUCUUUAUAACCAUCUCUUAAGAGUUCAAGGAAAGCCUAACUCUGUAGUCUUACGGGAAUAGGAAGGAUAGCUUGCAUUCUUUCAAAAGUAAGAGAUGUUGCCAGCUAACAUGUAGUCACAACCUUUCUUGUCCUGCUGCCGGGUGCUGUGCGGUGCCGGUCCCACCAGUGCUGGACGGGGCAGACAGCCGUUCUCAUGCUCUCCAUCCAGUCACCUUUGUGCUGUCAUGUUGCACCAAGAGUGCACAGAAGCUGAAGAGAACAUAAACAGCUAGAUGGUGGCAUUUCUCCUUGCCAAUUUUCCAAAUUUUUAUACCAAAUUUGUUAGGGUGUUGGUUGGGUUUUUUUAAUACUAAUGCAGUACUUUCCUUAGAAACAAAUAAGCACUUGUACUCCAAAGAGAGCCAUUAAAGAAAUACUUGCAACGUGGUAAACUUUAGCAGACUUCCUAAGAAACAUACUCUGGAAGACAUCCCAAGCCUGUUACCAUAUUUUUUUCUGAAUCUUUUGACAUGACUUCAUUAAUUCCUUUUAUUCCCCUUUCUUUUUUUUUUUUUUUUUAAUAAAAAGUUCCAUGCAGAUGAUGUGCUCGUGCAUAUCCUGCCAAAGUGAAACUUUCAUUCAAGAGGGUCUUGUGCACCUUCUCUCUUGUAGAGCACCUGGAUUAACUGUUUUAAAAGACAGAAAUACCACACUAGAAGGACUUUGGACUGUCCCAGUCUGGCCCUGUGUCAAUUCCUAACCUAUGACACCUACCUACCUGGCCCAUUUCGGUUCCAGCUCUUUCCCUUGCAGCUGCCUGGACCGUCUCCAGAACCCUGACGGUGUUUAAAAGUACUGUGACAACACGCAGGUCAUGCUUUAGGUUUGAAGUUAAUCUAGACUUUUCCUUUCUAUUACCACUGCAGCUAUCCAGUGUCAGAAUUUCUGAAAAGUUCUUUUUUUUAUUUUUUAUCAGUGCAGCACUUGACAGGUUUUGAUAUAAAAAGCCCUAACAAGUUGUUGACAGUGUUUUCUUUCUCAUUUCACUGUUAUUGACAUACUUUUGUCUGCUACCGCUGACACUAUCGUGACCCUUCAUAGGGCAGGGGCUGACGAACGGACGGACCAUGGGACCCCUUGCUUUGUGGCAGCGCUACUCCUAGGUUGACCCAGAGAGGUGAAUGCUCCUUGCUUUUUUUCUUUUUGUUUAAUUCCUCAGCUGUACAAUGUAUGGAAAUUGGAUCUGUGUACUUGGCAAAGAAUAUCUAUGGUUUUCGUUCCCUGGGUCAAAGAAACUGGUCUGUUGCUCCAACCUGUUGUUUUGCUGGCGUGUUGUUGACUGUUGGUUGAAGUCGCGUAGUGUUAACCGGAAUGGGCUGGGGCUCAUUUGGAGCCGCUUUUCUCUUAAGUCCGGUAGCUGAAAUUCAGCAAUCCGUAUUCUUCCACCAGCCAACAACUAGAGAUUUGUCCAGGUUGUAGUAUCGUCUUCGGAAUGAGUCACUUGAGGAUUAUUUUAACCUGGCCAAGGAACUUGGCACUGCAAAAGGGAAACUGAAGCUACUCCCAGAAGAAUUAAUAGCCAUAAGCUUGGGUAGCAAUGCUGUUAAGUACCUUAAGGUAUUCUGUAUCUUAGGGCAGCAGUUUUUUCACCUAAUUUCCCAGUUCAGAUGAUCUCACCCCAGGAUAAGGAUGCAGUUGAGCACUCCAACCGUAUAUAAUUUCAAGUUCUAAUUAUUUCCUUCAAUAAUUGACAAUAUUAUCUGCCUGUUGUGACUUAACGUAGCAUGUGUUCAAAUCCGGUGGAAUUACGUUGUAGGACACUCUGAAAAGCUCUUGCCGGGAUGUUGCAGAUGAAGUGGCAUGGUCUCUUUCUGCUUAACCAGGCCUGUUCUCCUUUGCCAUUGUAGCUUCUUGCCGCUUCCUUGGGCUUGAGGAUAAAAAUGGGCGAUCAGGGGUUCUAAAAACAAGCAUGUUAAGUUUCCUGGCUGGCAUGGAGUACGCACUUAUCCUUUCCAUCUACUAUAGCAGCCUAAAUGCCUGUUUCCUCUUGUUCUUUGAAUAGAUGUUUAUAUAGGACAUUGAUAUAAAGCACAAUGGACUUUGCCUCUGGAACUGAAGGUCACAUGCACACGUGCAUUUCAUUUUAAAUGCUAAAAAUUUCAAAUUGCUUCUUAACAAAAUAUUUUCAUAAGCUAACAGGAAAAGACAGAAGCAUAGAUACAGUGUUGUACCACUGCAAAUCAAAAGCACAAUUCUUUAAAACUUAGUCUUUGUACCUUUCCCAUGCAUUUACUUUCUGUUCUUGCAUCUGUGACUGUGGAUUGCUACUUCACUAGUCUUUGAUUAUCCAAAAAUUCAGGCUUGUGUGUAACUUUAGGCACCGGGGUAUUUGGUUUCUGUGAGAUCUCUGCAGAAUGAUUCAUUGCUUGAUUUGUUAGUGAAAUAUCUUAUGCACUAGGUAAAUAAGAAAGGAGAGACAUUACUCUGGUUACAUUCGUCUGGAAGAGGUCAGUAGUGUUUUCCUGUUUCUCCUUUGGUCUGAUGUGUGCACCCUCUCAAGAGCCUGGAGUUGAUGCAUCCCUGUGAGGCAGUGCUGCAGAAGUCUGGUGCAUUUGAAAUGCAAGCGAGCGUCUCAUUUCUGGAAUGAUUUUACUUUCUAAAUCAAAACCAGUAUGGGCUAAAACUGCACAAAGGAAGGCUGCUAAAAUUGUUUCCACAUCAUGUCAAUAGGCUGGGAAGAAAGGCAAGAGCCAUGGAGGUUUGAAGUCUGGCCCACUCCGAGUGCAUUUAAAAUCUACGUUUUAACAACUAGUAAAUUGGUGUCCUUUUUCCUUCCCCUCACUCUUUUUUCUCUUCUUGUGAAUAUCCCCUUCGCACCCCCAGUGCUCGGUGCCUCCCUGGUAAGCGACCACCCAAAUUAAUUUCCAGUAACAGACUUGUUUCAAAUUAGUGUAAGAAGCAAGGAAACGAUAAAGUAGGUAUGAUUUUGCUUGUGGGUUUUGCUUUGUCUUGAAGCGUCUUUAUUUUGAUUCCAUGCUUCAGAGCCUGACUUUUAUACAGUGAUCCUGUAGGUGUUGCCGCUUCCUCAGGAACCAGUGACUCAAGCGAUGUAUAAAUGAAAUGACAUCACCGGCAACUCUUGUUUGGAUUGCCUGUUUCCUAAAGAGGGACUGUGGGGUUUUCUUUUAAUACUUGCAGCUUUGUUUUGUUUUGUCUUGGGUUUUUUUCAGGGGGGAGGGGAAGAGGGGUUGUAACGGUCUAAGGCAGCCUUGCCGUGAUGAGUAACCACACUGCAUGUGUUUUAGCCUUUGGAGACAUUGAAAUCACCGAUAUUGAAGUUUACUUAAGACAGGAGAUCCACGUUUCUAUGCAAGCUAUUUAUGAAUGAAAUAACUGUAAUUAGGCCUUAGUUGAGGUUCUUUUGUUAUAAAGCGUUCUUAAAUCGCUCCUGAGCUGGGGAGGGAGAGGGGUGGGAGGUGGAGGGGAAAGAAAAGAUCUGAGCACAAUUUUCCAUUAUUAUUUUGGAAGUAAUGCAAACAAAAGAAACGUGUGUUCUUCCUACUGUGCCAGUCUAAUGGAUCUCCAUCGCGGCUCUCAAUAGGGAUCAGCAGAUUCUUGGUUCAGUGUUUCCUUCCCUGCAACUGAUGCUUUGCAGUGAUAACGCUGGAUAAAUACACGGUCGAAACGGGAGGAGCCGGAGCAAAGUGCUGCUUUGGAGCAUCCCCCAGGGCAGCAGGGCAGUGGUUGCAGCAGGUGGGCAGGGGUAGGGGGGCAGGCAGCUGCAGCAUCCGCAUUUCUUUCUUGGACAAAACCCCCAGUGAUGUCACAGCAGGAGCUGGUGGUUGAGCUGGUGUUAAAAGUAAUGUCAGGAAUUCUGGCCAUCAAAGGAAUGUGGCAAGUCGGAUGUCUGUCUAGGUCAUUUAUUCCUAGUGUUCACGGACAGGCUGUAAAAGCGUUGCACUUUACUCAUUAUUGUCAUGAGCAAAGGAUCACUGGCAUUUUGUUUAAAUAGUAGCAGUUUUGGAACGCUACAGAAAUACAGCACCGCGGAGACUUUAGAUAGGUCCGUUGGGCUGUGGUGUGAUUGUGCAGGUUCUCACGGAGCCGGCAGUGCCGUUGUGGGUGCACUUUAAAGGAAAACUUAAAAGUCCUUGUAUUCAGGGAGGUGGUGUCAGUGACUGCCAUAGGUAGUGGUCUGUCGUCUAUUUAUGUGAACCUCUGUCAAACUUCAGCACUGUUAAGAACCACGUGAUUAAAAAUUAUUUUUCAGAUGGCACACUAAACCAAAGUCCUAAAAAAAAAGAUUCUGUAUCUCUUUUUUUUUUUUUUUUUUUUAAUUUAUUUCAGCCUUCCUAAAGUUGCUGUUCAGCUUCCUUUGGAUCCUUUGUUUUCUAGAUUACCCUUGUGCCGGGGUCAUGCAUGCUUUUACCGAAAAACUCUUACUCAGGUUCCACCCGGUGGCUGUGAGAGCACCAGUUGUAUAUUGUUACUGGAACUAAGUUGGGAAUGCUUUAAGGUGAUACGUGACAUAAAUAUAAUAACACUGCACGUAUUUGGUCACACAGAUACAAAGACAGUUUUCCCCUAAUUAAAACGUUUACUGUUGUAUGUCUCUUGCAUGCAGUUAGACACUAUCUGUGAUUUUGUCUAGGGCAGUAGUUAGGAAUGAGUGAGCUAUACAUACUCUGCCCCACAAGCCCUGCAGGGCAGCAGCUGAUGUGUAGCAUGUAGCUAGAUCAUCCUCACCAGCUGCCUGAUACACUUACAUGCUAGGGCUCUCAGAAAUCCUGGGGUAAGACAGUUCAUUUACUUGCUAACUAUGCUUUGUUGAAUAGGAAUUCAGUAGUGUUUAGCAGUCAGAUAUUACAAACUUAGGAUAGGCUGCUUUGUAACCACACUGAUUUGCAAGGGAGAAACAGGGAGCAAGUCAGCUGGUGGGUGUACGGCGUUUCCCUGUUGCUGGAGGAAUUAUAGUUUCAUUUCCAACAAUGAUGAUAUCUGUUACUUAACGUAGCUUCCUGUUGUUAGCAUUUGGAAAUGUCAUUAAGAGAUUCUGAUAGAUAACAUCAAGAUGUCCAAUGCUUAAGAGUCAGCUAGGAACAGAGAGUAACAACAUACCUGGUGAUCUGAGAUACUGGAACAGAAUGGAAAAAAAUGUGAUUUAAAUGUCACUUGAAUGUCAGGAGGGGCUGACAUUCAUUGCAUGAGGAUAUGCAGCAGAAUGUUGUUUCAGAAUAUGACAAAUUGCUGUUUUUAAAUUAGUGUGUUGCUGUGGUUGUAGGCGGUUGUGGCUUCAGAAAUUUCCUAAGCCAUAAUGUUAUGUUCCAGCUUUCGCAGUUUGGAGAUUAAUUAGUUACGAUGAUUUUUAAAAACACUGCUGAUACAAAGCAACUUUGUCCUCUCCGUAAUAGUCAUAGGCAGGGGAAGAUGGGCUGAGGCAGAACACAGGGGCUCUGCCACAGGCCUCUGGCGAAGCCAAAGAGAGUCGCGUCACCUCCGCCUGCCACCCACUGCCCCAGCUCACUCGGCAGAGGCUCGUUUGCUGAGUAAGUGCCUAGUAGCAAGGCCGAUCCCGACCGAGUCAGCCAGGCAAUAGAAUCGGUACUAGAGAUUGUACAGGACUAUCCGACCUCUACCACUGUCUGUUAAUGCCUUUCAACGUGAUCGGUUCGGGCAAGUUGUUCAGAAGUGGUUAGUGACCGCCACUGGCCUCGAGUUUUGGAUGCCCAGCUCGGGAUGUUCUAAGCCAAACUUUGAUGAUGUGUUAAACUGGGUUCCGGAAUUCUAAAAGGAGUCUGAUUUCAAAUGUAAAGACAAUCUUACAUUAAGCAUGUAUUUUAAAAACGUUAUGUAUGUAAAAAAGGAUUAAAUAAAUCUGUUGUUAACUUUUAA